GUUACAGGACAAUUACACUGAUCGAAUGACUGAAAAACACCAACUGCAGAACAACUUCAACUCUUUGACUCAGAAGAACCUGGAGCUGGAGAAAAAAGUCCGAGAUCUCACUGCUGAGAAAAAAAAACAGUUACAGAGAGAUUUUGAGUCUUUGAAUAAGAAGGGCUCAGUUUGUUUGUUCAUGUCCAGUGAGUUGAAGAGCUGGUCUGACAGCAGGCAGUACUGCAGGGAUCGUGGAGCUGAUCUGAUCAUUAUCAACACUGAAGAGAAGCAGAGACACAUAUCUUCAUUAGUCAGUGAGAGAGUGUGGAUUGGUUUGUCUGACAUACAGCAGGAGGGCAUCAUGAAAUGGGUGGAUAAUUCAACACUGAAUCAAGGGUGAAUUCGUGUAAUGUGGGACAGUGGAUAAUGCGCCAGCUUUCUGAUGUGUUCAUGUUUUGCUCCAUCACAAGCAGCUCUAUAUUAAUAUGAUCUUAUUCUAGCUGUUAUCAUGAGUCUCAUUUGUCAGUCUGAAGUGUCGAGGAGACACAGUAAACUAUAAAACUCCAAAGUGUCCCAUAAUUCACACUUUUAUGCUGAUAUUGAGUGUUUGAGUAACUUCUUUUGAUUUCUUUUUAAAUAAAAUAGUCAGUUGACAUUAUUGCCACAGCAAACCCACAGCACUUAUGUUUUAUUUAUUUAUUUAUUUGCUCUUGAUGUAUGACUAUACAGUGAUUUGAAAAUAAACUAUCUAUUAAAUUA